GAAAGAAGAAGUAGAAGAUCCUGCUACCGCGGUAAGAAGAUACUUUAAAAGAUGCACCCAUCCAUAAUCCAGCCUGGAAGCCAGUUAGGACGCACAACCCACGGGUUACAGUUGGGUUGUCCUCUUUGUCCCAAAUUUACCACCACACGGGAGGAGACCAUUUUUAAACACCUGAAUGCCCACAUCCAAAACGCAGUGCAUUUCCAAGAGGUGCCGCUUGCGGAGGUCCGCCAUUUUGUCGGCAGCCAGCUACUCUUGGACGGAAGCGACAUUUGCCAUGGUGAGGAAGAGCCCCCGGAGAAGCGAGGUCGAAUAGAGGUCACAUUGGGUAGAGUAUCAGGGGUGCAAAACACACAGCAAACCCAGCCCAGUCCACCUGUAUCUAAGACAAUACCACCAACAGAUGCUACUUUUAAGCUGCCAAAGGCUACUGUUGCAUGGUCGCCUUGUACAGUUAAGGGUGCUGUGAGUAGACUAUCAGGGGUGCAACAGACCCAGCCAACCCAGCCCAGUCCACCUGUACCCGAGGCAAUACCACCAGCAGAUGCUACUUUCAAGCUGCCAAAGGCUACUGUAGCAUGGUCACCCUGUACAGUUAAGGGUGCUGUGAGUAGACUAUCAGCGGGGCAACAGACCCAGCCAACCCAGCCCAGUCCACCUGUAUCUGAGGCAAUACCACCAGCAGAUGCUAUUUUCAAGCUGCCAAAGGCUACUGUAGCAUGGUCGCCUCAUAAAGUUAAGGGUGCUGUGAGUAGACUCUCAGGGGUGCAACAGACCCAGCCGACCCAGCCCAGUCCACCUAUAUCUGGGGCAAUACCACCAGUAGAUCCUGCUUUCAUGCUGCCAAAGGUUACUGUAGCAUGGUCGCCUCAUACAGUUAAGUUGCCCUCUCAAAAGAGUUGCCAAUUCUGCAAAUUAACCUUUGGGGUAGCCAGUAAGAUGUGCCGACAUUGCAGAGCCAGGCAGCCUUACAAUGCCAAGUUGGAGAAGGCGAAGGAAAAGCUUUUGGAGUGGAAGGAGAACCAAAUAAACAAAAGCAUAAACAAAGUGUAUGAUGCGACUCAUUUAGUGCUCCGUAAGUGGGACCUUUUGGAUAGAUACCCUAUCCUCUUGCUGGGCAAGAGAGUAGGACAAAGAUUUGUGGCUGAGUCCCUCUGUCCUCGGCCCAUGCUCAAUGAAGAGGAAAGACAUGGUCUCCUCACCAUAAAGAGGAUAUAUGAAAGACUUCUUAAUGUGACUGUGCCAUCUGAACCUGAAGCCAACACUGGACAGACUCCAGCAGCUGACCCGCCUGCCAUUUCACCAGCUGUGGUGACUGCCCCUGUGUCUGAUCCCAUGUCUGUGUCCAACCCUGUGCCUUGCCCUGAGUCCGACCCUAUGGUCACCCUUACACUCACUCCUGUGUCCUCCUCCCAGGCCCCUCCUAUGUCUUCCCUGGCCCCUCCUAUAGCCUCCUCCCUGGCCCCUCCUGUGUCCUACUCCCUGGCCCCUACCGUGUCCUCCCCAGCCCCUACUGGUUCCUCCUCCCUGGCCCCUACCGUGUCCUCCCCAGCCCCUACUGGUUCCUCCUCACUGGCCCCUACUGGUUCCUUCUCCCUGGCCCCUACUGUGUCUGACCUGACCACUCCUGUGUUCUCCACCCUAGCCGCUACUGUGUCCUCCCUGGCCCCUUCUGUGUCCUCCCUGACCCUUCCUGUAUCCUCCCUGACAACGCCUCUAUCCUCCCUGGCUACUCCUGUGCCCUCUACCCUAGUCCUUACUGUGUCCUCCCUGACCCCUACUGCGUCCUCCCUGGCCAUUCCUGUGUCCUCCUCCAUGGCCCCCCCUGUGUCCUCCCUGGCCCCUUAUGUGUCCUCCUUCUGGACCCCUCCUGUGUCCUCCCUGGCCCCUACUAGAUCCUCCUCCUUGGCCUCUACUAGAUCCUCCUCCCUGGCCCCUACUAGAUCCUCCUCCUCCCUGACCCCACCUGUGUCCUCCCUGGCCCCCACUCUGUCCUCCCCUCUGGCCCCACCAGUGCCCCCCUGUCUGGCCCCUACUGUGUCCUCCCUGGUUCCUACUAGUUCCUCCUCCCUGACCCCUCCUGUGUCCUCCCUGGUCCCCACUACUGUGUCCUCCUUCCUGGCUCCUCCUGUGUCUGUGUCACCAUCACAGAAAAGAAGACAGUCUCUUUUCCUGGUGAAGAAAGAGGAAGGCAGGUUCUAUUGGGCCACGUAGCGGUAUACAUGCAGUGGCAUCCUUGCUCUGGAUGUGGAGCCAAGUGGAAGGAGAGCUGGGAGCCAAAAGAAACUGUUAUCAUGUGACAUUCAUUCACCACAACAUAUGUUCCUUGUAAUGAUUCUCAAUAAAUUACUUGGAAACACGGUUGUGGUUUGUCAUCUCCUUGAUGGCAUCAGACAACCCUGCAGUGGCCAAAUUCAUAAUUUAGAAAAUGUUUCAUGCUUGGUGAUAUUGAUUUCUCAUUAUUUAUAAUGUCUUGAAAAAGCACUUGAUUCCCAAAUGUAUUCAAUAGGUAUUUUUUAGUUUUUAUUCAUUAGGUUAUCUCUGCAAAAUGUAUUUUAUGAAAGUGAAUAGGAAAUUGUAGGCUUGAAAGACAGUAUAAUAAACUAUUUUAGCAAGAAAAUACUGUCCAUAACCCCUAAUUCAAUCACUAGCCCUGUGGAAAUACCUUUAUUGCCCAAGAAAUUGCAUGUAUUUUGGAAGGGCUGUGGGCAUUCUUCAUUUCCCUCUAAUUUGGCUGUUAACAAAAGGUGGAAAUAUAAACUGGAAUUUACUUGUAAUUGCACAAUGCACCUGCUUAAUCCAAGGUGAGCCCCAAAUAAAGUGUAUGCCCUUGGGAGAGCCUUGCGCUGGACAGGGAUAAAAGUUAGACCGACUGUUACGGCCCUAGUGUCGUGUGUUGGGUGUCUGUGUAAUUUUCCCUCUCCAGGUAAUGCUCCGCCUCCUGUGGAGCUGCUGGUUGAGCCCAGGUGAUUGCAAUCCAUCAUCAGCUGGGUAUGUAACUUGGAGAGAGGCGCCCAGUGGGCCGUUGUUGGCAGCCAAAGUGAGAGAGAGAGACGGCCAGUGUUGGCAACCAGAGAGCGAGCUCUUGUGUUAAUGAUCAAUACUCCUUGAGAAGGAGGUUGAAAGCUAUGUUAUUGUUCUUGUUUCUUUUUGGUCUGGUCUGAGUUCUUGUUAUCUAAGCCUGGUUAGUCAAGAGCCAGCUUCUUCAGUUGCCCUUUUUGUUGUAUAUGUUGACGUAGAAUUCGUUUUUAUUAAUAAAUCUGUUUGUUUUUA